AUGAGUGAACUACUGGGUAUUCCUUUCAAGAGGACCGUCAAAUUAAAUUUAAAGGAACAAUUAUCUGACUUAAUUGAUUCCACUUAUUACCAGACAUCGGCCUCUUUCAUGGACGAUUUGACGGAAAUUGAUAGCCAGAGAAAUAUAAUCACAAAUCCAGAUGUAAGUGAGGAUUCAUUACUGAGUCAAAUCAAAUAUUAUUAUUACUUAUUACAACUUGAGAAGAAAUUUCCCGAUAAUCAAAUUGCAUUUACAUGGUUUCAAACAAUAUCAAAUAAAUCGUUUGAAUCUUCACAAAAUUCAAUAAUUUGGGAAAAAUGGAAUGUGCUCUUCAACAUAUCUGCCAGUUACUCACUACUAGCGUUAGAACAACCCCCAAAUGACAAGUUUUUAACUUUACAGUAUCAGUAUUUUCAAAUGAGCGCCUCUAUUUUAAACUACUUACUCGUACAUAUAAAUGACACCAAGAGUCCCAUAAUCGAUAUUAAUACUUUAAAUUCAUUGAAAUACCUAAUGUUGGCUCAAGGAAUGGAGUGUUUUUGGUUAAGAGCAAUUAAAGACCCUAAAAAAUUUAAUAACACAAUCAUAUCAAAAUUGACAAGCCAAAUUCUGAAAUACUAUCAAUUAUGUUUGAAUUUCGCUAACAAAAGCGAGUUACUUAGAAAAGACUGGAUUGAUCAUGCAGAAAGUAAGAUGACUUAUUUUCAUUGUGUCACUUUGUAUCGAAUGUCUUUGGCUUAUCAAGAAAAGAAGAAGUUUGGCAUUGCCAUAAAGUGUCUACGAGACUGUUCGAGACAAAUACAAUAUUGCAAAUUAUCAUUGAAAUCAAAUUUUAUAAAAGAAGUCAAUAACGUAUUGAAAGAUCUUUCGAGAGAUAAUGAUUUCAUUUACUUACAAGAAGUACCAAACAAUUCUCCUGAACUCCCUGUACCUGUUAAUAUGAUUGAGGUACUAACAUAUGAAUUAGUCUUUCAAAAUCUUCAAAAAAUAUUGUCAAUUUCUUCUUUACAUACAUUAUUCGAUGCUCUACUGCCGUUAGAGAUAAUGGAAGCAUGUAAUGCAUUCAAUGAAAGACAAGAAGAAUAUAUACAGGACAACUUAAUAAAGCCCCUGAAAGCUCUAGAAAAAAUAUUACAUGACUCCAUACCUACCUCUAGCAAAUAUUACACAACGGAGCUUUCAGGGACUAUUACACAGAUUGAUCUAGACAAUUGCAAACAACUCUUGGACAACCUAAAAACUAAUAGUAACAAUAUUGGGUCCCAAUUAAACAAUCUCGAAUCUAUCUUACAAGAGGACUUAGAAACAGAUGGCAAGUUUAGAUCUAAUUAUGGAGAGGCAGCUUCUAUACUUGAACAGUCUGAGAACGUUAAUAAACCAUUUGUUUCGAAAUUAAACAUCUUAAAAGGAUAUUUGGAAAAGGGAAUAUCGGUAGAUAGUGAAACAGUGGGACUAUACGACACAAUUGAUAAAGUUCUUAUUAUUUCUCCUAAUAAUUUACCAGAGAGUAAUGACCCAUUAUUAAAACAGAUUUCGCAAACUAUUAAAAGGAGACGUAAACUUAUUGUGGAGAUAGAGAACAAAUCAAUGAAUAAUAGAAUUUUACCGAAAUUAAUCAAUGAAUAUCGUAACACAAACACUGUAAUGGGUUUCGAAUCGGUAUUCAAGAACCAUCUGAAAAUAUUCGGUGCUGAUUUGAAAAAUCUUCAAGAGGAGAAGAAGGCCAACAUUGCAUUAAUCCAAAAGAUAGAAGACUCCGUGGAAACUGAAAGCAGUCAUAAUAUUGAAAGGCUGGACCCUCGUCAAUUGUAUCUCGAAGAAUUAAACUAUUCAAUCAAACUUUUCAAUCAGGUGAAGGAGAAUAUAGAAGAUGGGUUGACAUUUUAUAAGGAUUUAAUUGCAUCUGUAGAGUCGUUCUCUGCAGAAGUAAGGAACUUUAUUUUGGAAAGAAAAGAAGAGAGAAGAAAGCUCUAUGAAAAACUAUUAAAUGAUUAA